UUUAAUCCGUCACAUCGCUCGGCAACCUCCAUUUCAAUUAACACUCACACAAAACAACAUACCGACUUAAUAUUGUAUCACUGUCGUUUAAAAUUAGUUGUUGAAAAAUAUACAUGACGUUUACUUUUUAUUAGUCACGAUAAUAAUGACAUUGGAUGAUCGGGUAUCGAUUAGCGCGCCUGCUUUAGACAGAGCGACCAGAUCCCGCUCAAACAUGGCCACGUUUAGGAGGUGACGAGCUCACCUCGCCCCGUGUCCCCUCCUCUCCCUGCAGCGAGCAACCAGCAGCGUCUCUCUUCGCACGCACACACGCAGCACAUACCAUGGAAGCCCCCGCUAAGCACAAGGGGAAAAUGAUAGCCUCCAACGCACUGGACGCUAAGGAUGAAUUAGAGGAGGUAGGCCCCCCGGCCUCGGAUAGUUUCGCUACCGAGGAAGGCGCGCCUCGCCCGGCCGAGCUCGGCUGCCUCGCCCGGGGUUCUGGGACCCCGCUCUCGAAGCUGGACCGAUGCAUGGCCACCGUCACCUCCAUGAUCGUCAGCGUGUCAGAAAGGGAGGCCAACGAUGCCCUCACUGCCCACGUAUGUAAAGGAGCACCACAGCAUGAGGAGACGUGUCUCGGGCUGACGGCCAUCAUCUUGACUGACCCAGCCCAGGCUGCCAGGUGCUAUCGGGACCUGACCCUGGUGAGUCGGGAUGGACUGGGGCUCGUCCUUGCGAAGGUAAACCAGCUGCUCAUGGAGAAGUUCUUGAAGAUGCACGACGUGGCCAGGAACCAGCUGGUUUGGUUGGUCCGAGAGGUUGUGAAGAAUGGAGUGAUAGGCGCCGAUGGGGUCACCAUGACGCUGUUAAAGCAGAUUGCAGGUGGGGAUACAAGUCCCAAGAAUAUUUGGUUGGCAGAGACCGUGUUGGACUUGCUAACUGACUACAGGGAGUGGGUGCUCAAGAACAGCCUGCUUGUGUCCAUGACGGUCUAUACGUUCCUGAGGAUCAUCGUGGACCACAACGGCAGCCCAGCUCUCACCACCCUCCGUCAGAAAGAAGUUGACUUCUGCAUUACUCUGCUCCGCGAGCGGUUUGCAGACUGCACAAUGAUUGGGCGGGACCUGGUACGGCUACUACAGAACGUCGCCAGAAUCCCCGAGAUAGAGAAGCUCUGGAGGGACAUGCUGCACAACCCACAGUCGCUGAGCCCGCAGUUCACAGGCAUAUUGCAGCUUCUGCAAAUGCGAACGUCAAGGAAGUUCCUCGCAUGCCGGCUCACCCCCGAUAUGGAGACCAAACUGCUCUUCAUGAUGUCAAAGGUGCGGUUCGGGCAGCAGAAACGCUACCAAGACUGGUUCCAGCGACAGUACCUGUCAACACCCGACAGUCAGUCCCUACGCUGCGACCUCAUUCGCUACAUCUGUGGGGUGGUGCACCCCUCCAACGAGGUGCUGUGCUCCGACAUCCUGCCCCGGUGGGCCCUCAUCGGCUGGCUCCUCACCACCUGCACAUCCAACGUGGCCGCCACCAACGCCAAGUUGUCGCUGUUUUACGAUUGGCUGUUUUUCCAGCCUGACAAAGACAGCAUAAUGAACAUCGAGCCUGCCAUUCUGGUCAUGCACCAUUCUAUGAGGCCUCAUCCAGCAAUCACAGCCACGCUGCUUGACUUCAUGUGCAGGAUAAUGCCAAACUUCUAUCCCCCGCUGGAGAGCCUUGUUCGACAGGGGGUCUACAGCUCUCUCCGCAGCAUUCUGGAAAAGAGGGUCCUGCAGUCCCUGUCGCCACUGUUUGACAACCCCAAGCUGGACAGAGAGCUGCGCUCAAUGAUCCGGGAAAACUUCUCCGAGUUUACCAGCUCUCCGUCGCCUCCCAUGGAGGGCGAGAAGCCCCUUCAGCCACAGCUGCAUUUUCUCGAUGAAGCGGUGAAAGCGGACGAUUUGCCUUCGACCAUGGAGCCCGACAACCACAUUGGGGAGCGAGGAAAAGAUGAGUGUUGCUUCGACGCGACAGAGGCCACCUUCAGCGACGAGGAGGAAGAGGAGAAGUCGAAAGAGCACGCACGUGUUGCAGGGAAGAAGGUGGAGCUGAGGUUCCGGCCGAUCCGGGAGGCGGUGUCGGAGGAACCCCUGGAUGUGACGCUGUACCUGGAGCAGCUGGACGAGUCGCUGAGGGACAAGGUUCUUGCCCUGCAGAAGGAGAGUGACACCGAAACUCAGUGUGAAAUAAUGCAGGCCAUAGUGGAGGUCAUACUGCAGAUGGAUGAUUUUGACGCGGAGAUGGCCUGCCCGCUGGCCUGCUGCCUCAUCGAGCUAUUCCGUGAGCAGUUUCAUGGCGAGGUUCUACCCGAAGAGAUCACAGAGGAGUCGCUGGAAGAGUCCGUCGGGAAGCCUAUAUACGUGAUAUUCAGGAACCUGUGUCAAUUUCAAGAAGAUGAUGACGGCUACAGCGUGCUGCUCACCCUGAUGUCUGAGCUUUACCAGAAACAGCCCAAGAUUGGCUAUCACCUUCUGUACUACCUGCAAGCCAGCAAAGCGGCGGAGGGCAAGACGGCCGUGUACGAGUCAUUUGCGCAGUCGACGCAGCUGGGCGAUAUCUUCACGUGCCUCAUGUUGGACAUGAAAGCCUGCCAGGAAGACGACGUGCGGCUGCUGUGCUACCUCGUGCCACCUAUUUACACCAAGUUUGACGACGUCGCACUGGGAAACAGCGAGCUGCUGAACAUGAUCGUGGCCGCCAUCGACUCGUUACAGCUGCAGGAGAUGGUUUGCCAGGUGAUGCUGGGAAACCUGGUCAUGUUCCGCAAAGAUUCUGCACUCAACGUACUCACCACAAGCCUGCAGUGGGAGACGUUCGAGCAAUACUGCACCUGGCAGCUCUUCCUGGCCCACGGCAUUCCUAUAGAGACCGUUGUGCCCAUCCUCCAGCACCUCAAGUACAAAGAUCACCCAGAAGCGCUCUCCUGCCUGCUGCUGCAACUCCGAAGAGAAAAGCCGAUGGAGGAGAUGGUGAAGCUGGUGCUGAGCCGCCCGUGCCACCGGGAGGACCACUUCACCACGAGCAUCCUGCGCCACUGGGCCGUCAAACAUGAGGAGAUCCUCGCGGAGCAUGUCAAGUCGCUGCUCAUCAAGAACAACACUCCGCCACGCAAACGGCAAAGUUUGCGCAGCUCGAGCAGCAAGCUGACGCAGCUGACUGUGGAACAGAUGCUCGAACACCUCGACAACUUGCGACUCGUCUGCAGCCCCCGGCAAACUUUUUUCGCACAGACGCCGAUUCUGCAAGCCUUGCAGCACGUUCAGGCGAGCUGCGACGAAGGGCAGAAAUCAAGGCGGGAUGUUCGCGUCAGGUUCAGCGAUCUGUUCGCGCUUGCCGAGGACUUUGAGGAUUCGUCAAAACCCACGAGAAAUCGACGGAAGGGGGCGGCCGCCACAAGCCCCCGCAGCAAGAAGGCUCCGCCCCCCGCCAGCAAUGAGGAGGAGUCGUCUGGCAGCAGCCAAUCGGAGGAGGAAGACACGAAACCCAAAACUCACAAGAGGAAAAGGAAACCUUCAGCCAUGGGAUCGGACAGUGACUGAGCCGUGUCGCGGGCCUUGUGUUGAAACGUGCUCCUACCGCACGACAGAUCCAAACACUUUGCAGUACGGUGAUGAGAAGAGAUUGACAGUUUCACUCCCACACAGCGUAGCGAGUCACCGGAUUCGUUUCUGCUCACGCCUCUGAUGCAAAGGACUUCGGACGGCAGCUGCGGCCCUGUCCUAUGUCUUAGUACUCAAACUUAGAAUGGAAGCGGUUGAAGAGAGAAAAAACCCAAUUAUGGAAGUCGGCUUGAAUUUGUGCGAUCACAUUUUGGUCAGUUUUGAAUUGCAUUUCAACAAACGCUCAACUAACCGGCUUGCGUUCGUCAUCAUGACAUGGCAAAUUUCAGUAAAUCAAGAUUGUUUUGUAACUUUGAUGUUUUUCUUACCACCUAUAUUCUUUGGGUGGAAGCCUCAGUCUCAGAUUCACAACAUUUUGCCCCAAUCCUUAUAAAAGCAGAGGCCUCGACUUAGGUUGAAAAAUCCAUCCCUCGGCCCGGAACCAGUGCUGCUUGUGAACGAGUCGUGGAAUGCUCCUUCAAACAAUACCGUGGAUGCAUGAUACUCAGCCCUGGAUUCCAAGGCCAAUAAAAAGUCGACGGAUAAUGCGAUGAAGGCACAGGUUCACGGCAAGCUCCAAGAAUCCAUUUGAGAACUCGCGCCUGGCAAAAUACGGUAGCAAUAAAUAAUUACCUCACGAGGCGAGCAGCAAAGGUGGCCUCAGUGAAGAUGCUGUUGAACACGUUCAAACACGUUACUUCCCCCUAUGGCACUUGUCCUUUUAUCGCUACCCUUUCAGAUGGGCCGCGCACUAAUGAUCAAAAUGAUGACAUUCCAAAGUGCCGCGUGCAACUCUUUCAGGGAUUUUUAACAUUCUUACUUGUCUUCUAUAAAAAAAAAAUGAAUCGAUAGAUCUGCAGUUCUUGAAAGUGUAUGUUACUCAAUUUAAACUAUGUCCAGCGUCUCUUUUUGACGGCAGAACGAUGGGUAUUGGUAAUUAAAAUAUCCGUGCUAUAUAUGGAUAGAGACAAACGAAAUGUCACUCGAAAUGUGGACAACAUUUAAGUAGUGGAAAUUGUUCUGUGAAAAAAGUCACAAUUCCAGACUCGAUUAUAAACGUGCAGCCUUGAAUGCAAAAUAAAUGAGACAGUUAACAUGUUGUUUUAUUUUAAUUAAUGCAUCUAAAAGUGGUAGCGUGAAAGGCACACGUGUAUAUAAAAAUCGUGUUUUUAACUUGGUGCGCUGCUGAUGACAAAAGUAAAAAUACAGAUGUGUAUACAACAAUCAUGACUUACUUUUAGCCAACUCAGUUCUGUUUUCUAAAGUGGUCAGUGUUGACAACAGGGUUUUAAAGUAAAUGUCACAUUAACAUUCUACAGAAUAGCGUCCGUUAUUGUAAAGCAUGCAAAUUUGUACAAAUCUGAAGUAAGUUUGAAUCAAAUAUUUGGGAAAAGUUCUGAGCAGCUUCUUGUUAAGACGUUUAAAUCGAGUGCCACUGUAAGGGAACAUUUCGUUAUUUCUUUUAAAAGUUUUUGUUUGUUCAUUUUGGAAGUUCUAACAUUUAAAUGAAGGUUCUGAGAAGCCCAUUCCCUCAUGGCCACCAGACGGCAGUUAAGACCCCACACAGCCCACGAAAGCACCACGCGCAGUGCUUGGGCACUGGUUACAGACCGCUGUACCCUCAUACGUUCACCCAACCACACACGCAGCUCACAUUAGCGCAGUAAACACUUCGGGCCGCCACUACGGAAUGUUGACGAAAUGGCAACAAACAAAUUGCAUUUGCGAUUUUUACCUCGUUGAUAACCGAGAUGUUGACAUUCUUUGGUCAAAAUUGGACAAAAAUUCGGCGAAAUGCAUUUAGCUCUUAACCUCGCUUUUCGGCAGUUGUGCAAACUACACGCAGAAUGGUAAAAGUGACGGAAGAUCAAAUGCAUCAGGAUGGAGGUGUGGUUUGGUAAAUAAUGUGGUGGACCCGCAAUGAAGCACACUGCUCGUCCACGCAACUCACGCACUGGUCAGUAGAUUGGUGCAGUGAUGGGAGUCGGGCUGUUAUCACCCAACCCCUGGGUGUUCAUCAAAGAGCCGAUUCCGUUGCCGCUGGAGAUGCACCGCUGUAAUUGCCCUUGGCUGUACCAUGACAGCCUUAAUUUGUUCAGUCGGAAUCCACCGUUGAAGCGAAGUAUUGCUCCCAUUGGUCACUCGUUUAGACAACAGCACUGAUUUCGGCACCUUUUCAGCACCACAGCUGCGCCACACAGAAAGGCCACCAUAUACGCGGUGACUCAUCCCAUUGUGACCCGCUUUUUUGUUUCCCCGAGCUAAACUCGCAGUGGGUGGGGGAAAACCGCCUUUAAACUCCUUCGAUAGCGGUAUGGCGAUGAGAAAGAAACAUCUUUCAAUCACUGAACAUCCAUCCAUCAAAUGGAAGCUGUCUAGCGAGCACUAGCAACAAACCAACUGGUCCAUGGUACGUAGUUGUCCUGCCUCCAGGUCAGGUUAUGCCCUCUCAAGGAAACCUUCGGCGGGUGUUUUGCUGCUGCUAAUUUUUUGGUGUAUCGCUACGUUUGGUUUCUCGAGCCGUUCCGCGCGACGGUUGAACAUCUUUCAACGAGGGGAGCGUGGCGACUGUCAACAUGUCAAAAUAGGACUGUGAAGGCAGGCAGGCAGGCAGGAGGAGACUGACGUACUGUAGCCUGCGACUUGUGCCGUCAACCUCAACGGUCGGUGCCUCCAGAGGCCUUUGUAAAGCAGGUGUGUUUCGGAAUCUGCGGUCGCGCACAGGUGUAUUAUAGUUUUUAUUAUUAUUGUAUGGAAGUUGGUGCACGGCAGGUGAAGGGGUCGGUGGGAGCGGGUGGGGGGGGGCUACCAGGUAUGCUGUAUAUUGCUGACGUAGGCUUUAAAAAAACAAAAAGGAAAAUGUAUAUUUUACACAACCAGGGAAUGAAACGUUUAAAAAGUGGCUUGCAAACAAAUUUCUGGAUGUGUCUUUUUUCCGUACUGUGCACAUGUUACAUGUUAUGUACAUGUUAGAAUACAUUGAGAGCCACAUUUGUAACAUAACGAGAAAACAAUACAACGUUGUCAA